UUUCUGGGAGUCUGCAGUCGGAGCUCUUGUAAACGUCUGCACGAACAAGUCCUACCAUCUCCUCUGAAGCUCGCCCGUCAGGUUUCAGCAGGGGCCUCUCGGAAGAAACUUGGCUUUUCUUACUUUUUACGACCAAUUAAACAAACGAAAAAACUUCCACAGAUUCAUUCAUGUGCUGCUGAGCCGGAAAAAGACAAAAAAUGAAGAUAAGGCUGUCUUUGGCAGCGGCUGCCUUCCUCGCAGUGCUAGUAACCUCAGUCGAGGCUCAAGUUGAACCCCCCUCAGACUUGAAAUUUAAAAUUCUAAAUGAGAACACAGUACAAAUGUCAUGGACCCCCCCAUUCUCAAGGAUACAGGGCUACAGAAUACAAGUGGUAUCAAGCGCAGGUGAAGCAGACAGAGAGUUUACCCUCCCUUCCUCUAGUACACAAACAUCCAUUACAGACCUGACCCCUGAUGUAGAUUACGUUGUGACGAUUUUUUCCUAUGAUAGAACGGAGGAAAGCUUACCGAUCACUGGCCAGCUUACAAUCCAAUCAAGUGGCACAGAGGGAGGUCCCAGGAAACCGCAGCCCACAGAUGCAGUUAAAUGCUCGGUCAGUGCCAUCACAGACCUGGUGUUCCUGGUGGACGGUUCCUGGAGUGUUGGCAGGGAGAACUUUAAGCACAUUCGCAGCUUCAUUGCGGCCAUGGCGGGCGCUUUCGACAUCGGCGAGGAUAAGACCAGGGUGGGCGUGGUCCAGUACAGCACCGACACCAGGACCGAGUUCAACCUGAACCAGUACACCAAGAGAGGCGAGCUGCUCCGAGCCAUCAACAACCUGCCUUACAAGGGUGGGAACACCAUGACAGGUGAUGCCAUGGAUUAUCUGCUGAAAAACACAUUCACUGAGGCUGCCGGGGCCAGGAAAGGAUUUCCCAAAGUCGCUAUGAUCAUCACAGAUGGAAAAUCUCAGGACCCUGUGGAUGAGUACGCCAGGAAGCUCAGGAAUAUUGGGGUUGAGAUUUUUGUCUUGGGGAUCAAAGGAGCAGACGAGGACGAGCUGAAGCUAAUGGCCUCCACCCCAUAUAACCGGCAUAUCUACAACGUCCCCGACUUUGUACUGAUUAAGAGUGUUCAGAAGGAGCUCAUCACCCAUGUGUGUACAGGCGUUGAGGACCAGCUCAGCUCACUCGUGAGCGGAGAGGAAAUGGUAGAACCCGCCUCCAACCUGCAAGUCACAGAGAAGGCGUCCAAAUCCAUGAGGGUGACGUGGGACGCCUCUCCCGGGGAGAUCACGGGGUACAAGCUGCAGCUCAUCCCCAUGUUGGCGGGAAGCAAGCGGCAGGAGCUGUACGUGGGGCCCACCCAAACCUCGGUGACCGUGAGGGACCUGAGCCCAGAUACCGAGUACCAGAUCAACCUGUUCGCCCUCAAUGGCCUGACACCAAGUGAGCCCAUCAUGGCCAUGGAGAAGACCCAGCCUGUGAAGGUGUCUCUGGAAUGCUCCCUUGGAGUGGAUGUACAAGCAGACGUGGUUCUCCUGGUUGACGGCUCGUACAGCAUAGGUCUCGCCAAUUUCGCCAAAGUGAGAGCCUUCCUGGAAGUUCUAGUGAACUCCUUUGACAUCGGGCCCAACAAAGUGCAGAUCAGCCUGGUUCAGUACAGCAGAGACCCUCACACCGAGUUCGCCCUGAACGUCCACCAUGACCUCAGCGCGGUGGUGAAGGCCGUGCGGACGUUCCCCUACCGCGGCGGCUCCACCAACACGGGCCGGGCCAUGACCUACGUGAGGGAGAAGAUCUUCAUCCCAGCCCGAGGGGCGCGGACCAACGUGCCACGCGUCAUGAUCCUCAUCACCGACGGCAAGUCCUCCGAUGCCUUCAAGGACCCGGCCGAGAGGCUCAGGAACUCCGAUGUGGAGAUCUUUGCGGUCGGCGUGAAGGAUGCCGUGCGCUCUGAGCUGGAGGCCAUUGCCAACGCGCCAGCGAACACCCACGUCUACACCGUGGAGGACUUUGAUGCUUUCCAGAGGAUCUCCAAGGAGCUGACGCAGUCCAUCUGCCUGAGGAUCGAGCAGGAACUCAUAAAUAUUAAGAAGAGAAGUUUGCACCCGCCAAAAUCGCUGACGUUCUCAGAGGUGACUUCCAGAAGUUUCCGGGCCAGCUGGGUCUCGGACAGCACUGACGUCUUGGACUUCCUGGUGCGGUUCAGGCCAGCCGGUGACCCCAGCGCGGAAUACAUUUUGGUCUCCGUGCCGGCGGACACGUUCACCGCCGUCCUGCCCCACCUCACGCCCCUCACCAAGUACGAGGUCAACGUCUACGCUCUGUACGACAAAGGAGAGAGCUACCCCCUGACAGGAGAGGAGACCACACUGGAGGAGCAAGGGUCGGUACGGAACGUCAGGGUGUCGGAGGAAACGACGGACAGCUUCCGGGUCACAUGGGGGGCAGCCCCAGGGGCAGUGCUGAGGUACCGCCUGACCUACGUCCCGGUCAGCGGGGUCGGGCAGACGCUGGAGGCGGUCACCUCAGGCCCUGAGACCAGCAUCGUCCUGCGGGAGCUGCUGCCCAUCACCACCUACAGGGUGUCGGUGUCCGCCGAGUACCAGACCGGCGUCGGUCCAGCGAUGACGGUGGACGGCACCACCAAGGAAGCUCGGGGGUCACCCCGCGACCUGCGUGUCUUCGACGAGACCGUGUCCAGCAUGCGGCUGUCCUGGGAGGCGGCACCGGGCAGCGUGCUGCAGUACCGCGUGGCGUACCGGCCGGCGGCGGGCGGCGAGAGGAAGGAGAUCUCAGUGAAGGGGGACAACACGGCUGUGCUGCUGAAGAACCUGCAGCCCGACACCGAGUACGAGCUGUCCGUCAGCGCCCGCUACUCCAGCGGACUCGGGGACCCUCUCACGGGCCGGGGGAAGACUCUGGAAGAGCUGGGCUCCCCAAGAGAUCUGGAAACAAAAGACGUGACGGACACCAGCUUUGGAGUGUCCUGGACAGCCGCCCCAGGGAACGUGCGGCUCUACCGUGUCAAAUGGCAGUCCCAGUUCACCAAGGAGUCUGGGGAGACGACCGUCCCUGGAGGCGUGACUGACACAGUCCUGCAGGGCCUCACGCCCGAAACCCGCUACCAGGUGUCCGUCUACGCCACCUACGGCCACGGAGAGGGACAGCCGCUCGUGGGAGAGGAGACCACAGAUGCUUCCGCGAGCGCGAAGACGUUGACCGUAUCCGAGCAGACGGAGAAGAGCAUGAGGGUGACGUGGCAGCCGGCGCCGGGCAGAGUCUUUCACUACCGGGUGACGUACCGGCCAGCGGCAGGCGGCAAACAGCUGGUCAUCAAGGCGCUCGGCAACGUCACCACCACCGUGCUGAAGAGGCUGCAGCCAUUGACCACCUACGACAUCACGGUGCAGCCCGUCUACAAGCGAGGAGAAGGCAAAGCAAGGCAAGGAGUAGGAACGACACUCUCGCCUUACAAAGGUCCUAGAAACCUCCAGACCUCGGAGCCCACAAAGACCAGCUUCCGGGUCAGCUGGGACCCCGCUCCAGGAGAUGUGCGGGGGUACAAAGUGACCUUUCACCCCAGCGGGAACGAUGUGGACCUGGGAGAGUAUCUUGUUGGGCCCUAUGACAACACAGUGGUUUUGGAAGAACUCAGGGCUGGCACGAAGUACACGGUGAGUGUGUUCGGCAUGUUUGACGGAGGACAGAGUAUGCCAUUGGCUGGGGAGGAGAAGACCACACUUUCCGAUGCACCUGAGCCCCCCCCUGUCGAAGCACCAGAUGUACAGUGUAAAACCACCGCCAAAGCAGACAUUAUCCUGCUGGUGGACGGAUCGUGGAGCAUUGGGCGUCUGAACUUCAAAACCAUCCGGGCCUUCAUCGCCCGCAUGGUGGGCGUCUUUGACAUCAGCCCCGACCGGGUUCAGAUCGGUCUGGCUCAAUACAGUGGUGACCCAAAGACUGAGUGGCACCUGAAUGCUCACAGAACCCGGGAUUCAUUGCUGGAAGCCGUGGCCAACCUGCCAUACAAGGGGGGAAACACCCUGACAGGGCUGGCUUUGAACUACAUCCUCGAGAACAACUUCAAACCCAACGUGGGACUGCGGCCCGAGUCUCGCAAGAUCGGCGUACUCGUCACUGACGGCAAAUCGCAAGACGACAUUAUCAUCAGCUCUCAGAGACUGCGAGAUGAGGGCAUUGAGCUGUACGCCAUCGGUGUUAAAAACGCUGACGAGAAUGAACUGAGGUCCAUCGCCUCAGACCCAGAUGAGAUCCACAUGUACAACGUGGAGGAUUUCUCCUUCCUUCUGAACAUCGUGGACGACCUCACCGUCAACCUCUGCAACAGCGUGAAAGGAGGAGGAGUGGACGCGCCCACCGACCUGGUGACCUCGGAGGUGACCCAUCAUUCCUUCCGCGCCACCUGGACCGCACCCAGCGGGCCCGUGGAGAAGUACCGGGUGGAGUACAUGGUUGCGGCUGGAGGCAAGCCCCAAGAGGUUUUUGUCGACGGGACCGUGACCACCACGGUCCUCCAGAACCUGACCCCCCUGACCGAGUACGUUGUGAAUGUUUACUCCAUGUCCGGGCAAGAGAGCAGCGAGCCGCUGAAAGGCACCGAAACCACCUUGCCUCUCCCCGCUGUCAGGAGCAUGAGAGUGUUUGACGAAACCAUGACAACCAUGAAGGUGCGGUGGGAGCCGGCGGAGGGGGCCACCGGCUACAUGCUGCUCUACAGCGCCAUUAACGCCACCGUGCCCACCGUGGAGAAGGAGAUGCGAACUGGCGGGGAUGUCACUGAGGUGCAGCUGGUUCAGCUGGUCCCCAACACGGCCUACACCCUCUCCCUCUUCGCUGUGCAUGGUGACGCGGCCAGCGACCCCCUGACCCAGAUUGGCGUUACCCUGCCCCCGCCACCCUCCGGGGAGCUGAGGAUCACUGACGUCACCCACAGCACCAUGAGGCUUAACUGGGACGCCGCGCCCGGGAACGUGCUCAAGUACAUCAUCAAGUACACGCCUGAGGACGGAGAGACCAAGGAGGUUGAAGUUGGAGGCGAUGUGACGACGAAGGACCUGGACAGCCUCAUCUCCCAGACGGAGUACCGUGUUGAGGUCACCCCGGUGUACGCUGAGGGAAAUGGCAACCCCAUGAAUGGAGAGGCCAUCACUGAUGUUGUUCCCGCCCCGAAAAACCUGAGAUUUUCGGAGGUGACCCAGACCAGUUUCCGAGCCACCUGGGAGCACGGGGCCCCCGAUGUGUCCCUCUACCGGGUCGGCUGGACCAAGAAGGGCGAGAAAAACUUCCAAUAUGCCAUCCUGAACAGUGACGAGACCACCCUGGUUCUGGAGAACCUGGACCCCGACACCAUGUACGACGUGACCGUCUCGGCCAUCUACCCCGACGAGUCAGAGAGCGAGGAACUCAUGGGCAGCCAGAAAACCUUGUCAAAGAUGAUUACACCUGCACCUCCCGGGCCGCCCCAGAACCUGCAGGUGUACAACGCCACCACUACCAGCCUGACGGUGAAGUGGGACCACGCCCAAGGCCGGGUCCAGAACUACCGCAUCACCUAUGUGCCUGUGGCAGGGGGAAAAACCCUAUCGACGCAGGUGGGAGGGAGGAAGAACAGCGUGAUUCUGCAGAAGCUGAUUCCUGACACACCUUAUUCCAUUACUGUGGCUGCCAUCUAUGCUGUCGGGGAGAGUAGGGACAUAUCUGGCACAGGAAAGACAAAGCCUUUGGGUGGAGUGAAGAACCUGCAGGUCACAGACCCCACCAUGAGCACUCUGAAUGUGAAGUGGGGACCGGCCGAGGGCAACGUGAAACAGUACAAGAUCAUCUACGUCCCUACCGCUGGGGGCGAGGAGACCACAGAACAAGUGUCUGGAACCACGACCACAACUGUUCUGAAGAACCUGCAGCCGGACACAGAGUACAAAGUAACGGUGCUCCCUGUGUACGCAGAGGGAGACGGCAAACGCCAGUCUGAGAAUGGGAAGACAAAGCCUUUUGGUGGAGUGAGGAACCUGCAGGUCACAGACCCCACCAUGAGCACUCUGAAUGUGAAGUGGGGACCGGCCGAGGGCAACGUGCGUCAGUACAAGGUCAUCUACGCUCCUGCCGCAGGUGGCGAUGAGACCAUGGAACAAGUGUCUGGAAGCACAACCACAACUGUCCUGAAGAACCUACAGCCGGACACAGUGUACACAGUGUCAGUGGUGCCUGUGUAUGAGGAGGGAGAUGGUAAACGCCAGUCUGAGAAUGGAAAGACAAGGCCUUUGGCUGGUGUCAGGAACCUGCAGGUGACCAAUCCCACUAUCAGCACACUCAAUGUCCGCUGGGAUGCAGCUCCAGGGAAUGUUCGUGAAUACAAAGUCGUCUACGUUCCUGCUGCCGGAGGCCCCGAAAACGUGGAGAAAGUCUCUGCGAGCACGACCACCACGGUGCUGAGGAACCUGGAGCCGGACACGCUCUACACGGUGACGGUGCUGCCGGUGUACCCUGCGGGAGACGGCAGGCGUCAGUCCGAGAACGGAAAGACGAGGGCGUUGGGUGGGGUGAGGAAACUGCAGGUGACAGAUCCAACCAUCAGCACACUCAACGUGCGCUGGGAUCCAGCUGAUGGCAACGUGCGCGAAUACAAGAUCUUAUACAUUCCUGUCCCAGGGGACGUGGAGGAUGUGGUUAAGGUGUCUGGAAGCACAACCAGAACGACUCUGAAGAAUCUUGAUCCGGACACGGUGUACAGGGUUUCAGUGGUGCCUGUGUACGCCGCAGGCGAUGGCCAACUCCAGUCCGAGAACGGGAAGACAAAGCCUUUGGGUGGAGUGAGGGACUUGCGAGUCUACGACCCCACCAUCAGCUCCUUGAGCGUGCGCUGGGAGCCGGCCGAGGGGAAUGUGCGGGAUUACAAGAUCAUCUACGCUCCUGCCGCAGGGGGCCCUGAACUCACGGACCAGGUGCCUGGAAGCACAACCAACACAGUUCUGAAAAAUCUGCAGCCAGAUACAGUGUACAUGGUUUCAGUGGUGCCUGUGUACACUGCAGGAGAUGGCCAAAUUCAGUCUGAAAAUGGGAAGACAAAGCCUUUGGGUGGAGUGAGGAACUUGCAGGUCACUGAUCCUACAAUUAGCACUCUCAACGUACGCUGGGAACCGGCCGAGGGAAACGUUCGCGAGUACAAGAUCGUCUAUGUUCCUGCCACCGGAGGCCCCGAGAUUGUGGAUAAAGUGUCUGGGGGCACGACCUAUACAGUUCUGAGGAACCUCAAAGCAGACACAGUCUACACAGUUACAGUGGUGCCCGUUUACCCAGAGAUGGAGGGAAAACCCCAGUCUGAAAAUGAGAAGACAAAGCCGUUGGGUGGAGUGAGGAACCUUGCGGUCACUGACCCCACCAUCACGACGCUCAACGUGCGCUGGGAUCCGGCGGAUGGCAACGUGCGUGAAUACAAGAUCUUCUACGUUCCUGUCCCAGGGGACGUGGAGGACAUGGUGCAGGUGUCUGGAGGAACCACCAACACUGUCCUGCGGAACUUGCAGCCGGACACCGUCUACAAAGUCUCUGUGGUUCCUGUGUACCUGGACGUGGAGGGCAAGCGCCAGUCUGAGAAUGGAAAGACAAGACCUUUGGGUGGGGUGAGGAACCUGCAGGUCACAGACCCCACCAUCAACUCUCUGAGGGUGCGCUGGGAUCCAGCGGAGGGGGAUGUCCGUCAGUACAACGUCUUCUACAUCCCCGCAGCGGGCGGCGACGAGGCCAUGGAGCAAGUGUCUGGAAUCACAACAAACACACUCCUACGGAACCUGCAGCCAGACACGGUCUACAAGGUCUCUGUGGUUCCCGUGUACGUGGAGGUGGAGGGCAAACGCCAAUCUGAGAAUGGGAAGACAAAGCCUUUGGGUGGAGUGAGAAACCUGCAGGUGACAGACCCCACCACCAGCUCACUUAAGGUACGCUGGGACCCAGCUGAGGGGAACGUGCGGCAGUACAGGCUAUUCUACAUUCCGGCCACAGGGGGCGCCGAGGACAUGGAGCAAGUCUCUGGGGGCACAACCAGCACGAUCUUGCGGAACCUUCUCUCAGACACGGUCUACACAGUGACGGUGGCACCAGUGUACCCAGAGGGGGAGGGGAAACGCAUGUCCGAAAACGGAAAAACAUUGCCACGCACCCCACCCAGGAACAUCCAGGUGUACAACCCCACGCCCAACAGCCUGAAUGUGCGCUGGGAGCCUGCCACGGGACAGGUCCAGCAGUACCGGGUCGUCUACGCCCCUCUGAGCGGAGUCCGGCCAGCCGAAUCUGUCCUGGUUCCAGGAAAUGUGAACAAUGCCUUCCUGGAUCUGCUCGUUCCUGACACCCCAUACUCAGUGAACGUGGUGGCGGUCUACGCCGAUGGGGAUGGAUCGCCGGUGAAAGGAGAUGGGAGAACACUGCCUCGCAGCGGGCCCAGAAACCUCCGGGUCUUCGGUGCCACUACCAACACCCUGAGUAUCGGCUGGGACCAUGCAGAGGGACCCGUCCAGCAGUACAAGAUCGCCUACGCGCCCACCACUGGAGACCCCAUCACUGAAUUUACCGUCGUCCCUGGAAACAGAAACAACGCCAUCCUGCAGAACCUGCAGCCCGACACCCCCUACAACAUCACGGUGGAGGCCAUUUACACCGACGGGCCCGUCGGGAAGCUCAACGGACCCGGGCGCACGCUUGGCCUCCUGGAGCCCCAGAAUCUGCGCAUCUCGGAUGAGUGGUACACCCGGUUCCGCGUGUCCUGGGACCCCUCGCCCUCUCCUGUCCUGGGGUACAAGCUGGUCUACCAACCCGUAGACAAGGACGAGACCCUGGAGGUGUUUGUCGGGGAUGUGACCUCGUACACCCUGCACAAUCUGCACCCGGGCACCACCUACGAUGUGAAGGUGUACGCGCAGUACGACGCUGGCAUGAGCGGAGCCCUCACAGGGCAGGGCACCACGCUGUACCUAAAUGUCACAAAUGUGGAGACCUUCAAUGUCGGCUUCGACAAGUUCUGUGUCAGAUGGACCCCGCACAGAGCUGCCACCUCCUACAGAAUCAAGCUGAACCCCGUUGACCCCUCCAGUAAGGGACAGCAGGAGAUAACCAUCACUGCGGCCCAGACUCAGUACUGCUUUGAAGGCCUCUCUCCUGACGCCCUGUACAACGCCACCGUUUUCGUCCAGACCCCCAACCUUGAGGGGCCAGGGGUGGGAGUACAGGAGAGAACCUUGGUGAAGCCCACGGAGGCGCCCACGGAACCCCCAACCCCACCUCCUCCUCCCACAAUCCCUCCUGCUUGGGCCGUGUGCAAAGGCGCCAAGGCCGAUGUGGUCUUCCUCAUCGACGGCUCGUGGAGUAUCGGCGACGAAAGCUUCAACAAAGUGGUGCAGUUCGUUUUCAACACCAUCGGGGCCUUUGACAUCAUCAGCCCAGCAGGGAUGCAGGUGUCCUUUGUGCAGUUCAGCGACGACGCCAAGACUGAGUUCAGACUCAACUCUUACCAAGACAAAGGCACGGUGCUAUCUGCUCUCCAGCUGAUUCGCUACAGAGGAGGGAACACCAAAACAGGUGGCGCUCUGAAGCACAUUGGGGAGAGGGUCUUCAUUUCUGACAACGGAAUGAGGAAGAACGUCCCCAAGGUCCUGGUGGUGGUGACGGACGGCCGCUCUCAGGACGAGGUCAAGAAGAGCGCCUCCAAGCUCCAGCAUGCUGGUUACAGCGUGUUUGUGGUGGGCGUCGCUGACGUGGACUACGGCGAGCUGCAGAACAUCGGGAGCAAGCCCAGUGAAAGACACGUGUUUGUGGUGGACGACUUCGACGCCUUUUCAACCAUCCAGGAUAACCUGGUCACAUUCAUCUGUGAAACAGCCACCUCCACUUGUCCUUUGAUUUACUUGAAUGGGUUCACAUCGCCAGGCUUCAGGAUGCUCGAGACCUUCAAUCUGACGGAAAAAACCUACGCCUCUGUGAAGGGCGUCUCCCUGGAGCCAGGCUCAUUCAACAGCUACUACUCCUACAGGCUCCACAGAAACGCCUUCCUGUCGCAGCCAACAACAGACAUCCACCCGGACGGCCUGCCCCAGGCCUACACCAUCAUCCUCAUGUUCCGCCUCCUCCCCGAUUCGCCGAAGGAACCGUUCGACAUCUGGCAGGUGUCGGACAAGGGCAACAAUCCUGAAGUCGGCGUGACCAUCGAUCCUUCCAGCCAAACAAUCUCAUUUUAUAACAAGGACACAGGGGGUAGCAUCCAGAGAGCCACGUUUGAUAGCCCGCAAGUGAAGCAAAUCUUCCACGGAAGCUUCCACAAGCUCCACAUCCUGGUUUCCUCCAAGAGCGUCAAGCUGAAUUUGGACUGCCAGGAGGUGGCGGAGAAGGAGAUAAAGGCAGCUGGAAACACCUCCACAGAUGGCUACCAAGUGCUCGGCAGACUGUCCAAGUCAUCGGGCUCGAGGGGAGACUCGGCAACAUUCCAGCUCCAGAUGUUCGAUAUUGUCUGCAGCCUGGGCUGGACCAGCAGGGACAGAUGCUGUGACCUUCCAUCCAUGAGAGACGAGGCAAAAUGUCCACCCCUUCCCAACGCUUGCACAUGUGCAUCCACAAACACCGGACCGCCGGGACCCCCUGGGCCUGUGGGUGGGCCUGGUGCUAAAGGUCCACGAGGGGAGAGAGGAGAGGCAGGACCAGCUGGUCAGAUGGGCCCGCGUGGAGACCAGGGGUUGCCAGGUCCCAUGGGACUGCCUGGCCCACAAGGCCCCAGCGGGCGGUCUAUCCCAGGAGAGCCUGGCCGGCCCGGACCCAAAGGCGAUCCCGGUGACUCUGGGCUACCUGGGCAGAAAGGCCCACCUGGAUCUGCUGGACCUAUAGGCCCUGUUGGACCAGCUGGUGUCCGGGGACCCCAAGGAAAGGACGGCCCUGCUGGACCCAGAGGCCUGCCAGGAUCAAUGGGCCCACCUGGAUCUCCUGGAAUGCCCGGACCUACAGGAAAACCGGGCAAACCUGGUGACACAGGUGUUCCGGGAGCAACAGGAGCUAAGGGAGAUAAGGGAGACAGAGGAGACUUUGCAUCUCAAAGCAUGAUGCGGUCCAUAGCCCGUCAAGUCUGUGAGCAGCUGGUCAAUGGUCAGAUGGGCAGAGUCAAUCAGAUGCUGAACUCCAUUCCCAAUGGUUACCGUAACAACAACCCCGGACCCCCCGGUCCCCCAGGCACACCCGGCAGUCAGGGACCCAGAGGAGAGCAGGGGCCAGCAGGUCGCAACGGCUUCCCAGGAAGCCCAGGUUUACCUGGCCGCCAAGGGGAGAGAGGCCCUCCAGGGGAGAAGGGUGAAAGAGGAAGCGCAGGCAUUGGCCAGAGAGGACAGAGAGGUUUAUCUGGACCACCUGGCCCACCAGGCGAGUCUCGAACCGGUCCCCCAGGCCCUCAGGGUUCCGCCGGACCCCGCGGUCCUCCCGGCCGUUCGGGCGUGGCCGGAGUCAGGGGCCCGCCUGGCCCUCCUGGCUACUGCGACUCCUCCCAGUGCGUGGGCAUCCCCUACAACGGACAAGGCUACCAAGACCCGUACAGAGCUGGGCCCGACACCCGGGUAGUUCCAAUACCAGAAGAAGAGGAGUAUGAGACAGACGUCUCACGCAAGCGACGCCGAAAGAGGUCACUACCGAGAGGGGAAUCAGUGAGGAUAGCACCAUAAAAAAAGAGGAUUAUGUUCUUUCAAAACCAUUAUGAUUUGUUAUUGUUUUUUGUUUUCACAUAUGCUUCUGAUAAGAAAAAUUCAGACGAGACAAAAUUUGGGGGUUUGAUACCUCCCUAUUUGGACAUGCCUUUAAGCCUAUGUGAAUUUAUUAAGUGGGGUGAGGGGGUGGGAGGUUGGAGGCAGUUGGGAGUUAAAGCAAAAAAAAAAAAAAAAAAAAAAAAAAACCCAAAAUUUCCCCAUUUCCAAUUUCUUGAAAACCUGUGAGCUUCGUGUCUGUUCUCCUCCAUGUCCCGGCUUGUAAUAUAACUGCAUAUAUAGUCUAUCAGAGUCCAAGGUGUACCGCACUCUUCUCAUCUUAUAUAUUGGCAUUCAAAGACGUGAUGGUUAUACAGCAAUAAACACGGAUGCCUCCUCUUCUGUUCAGCACAUUCCAUCACAGACAUCUCCAUAUUAAGGUGUAUGGUAUAUUGCAAUUAUAUAUUUUGUCCUGUUUUUUUUUAUUGUGAAGAGGAUUGUUCAUUUAAGUUCUACCUUCAGUUUUCCAGACUUCAAUACAUCAGUUACAC